AUGGGCUCCACGCAGCAUCUACGGGAACGACCCCGAAGGAUGGAAAACCAUCCCAACUCCUUUCUUUCCCUUUCUUUUCCAGUCGCAGCCAUGCCGGCGACCAACCAGGGCUGGCCCGAGUCCUUCGGCUUCCGGAUAAGCGGCUCCGGGCCGUGCUACGUGCUGUGGGUGCAGGAGGGCAGCAGCGCGGCGCUGGCGGGGCUGCGCCCGGGGGACGAGGUGCUGGAGAUCGAGGGCCAGCCCGUGUCCUCCCUGGGCCGCGAGGCGCUGCUGGGGCUGGCCCGGAGCUGCGGCAACGUCCCCCCGAGCAUCGGCGUGGUGUCCCGGCUGCAGCACGCCAGCAUCCCCCCCGGGCCGCGGGGAUGCUUCGGCUUCCAGCUGGCCGCCGAGAGCCCCCCGCGGGUGGCCAGCGUCAGCCCCGGGUCGCCGGCCGCGGCCUGCGGGCUGGAGCCGGGGGAUUUCGUGCUGGAGGUGGACGGGAGGCCGGUGCGGCUGCCCGAGGCGGCGGCCGCGCUGCUGCGGGCGGGCCGCGGGCGCUGCCUGCGCCUGGCGCUGCUGCGGCCGCCGCGCGGGGAGCCCGGGCCCGGCCCCGCACGCCGCCCCGGGAGGCUCCGGGCGCAGGAGUUCGGCAGGAAGGUGGAUGCCAUCCUCGGGGGGCAGCCGGAGCUGAGGGAGAAGGUGGUGGCCGUGCUGAAGCAGUACGCGGCCGAGAGGAGGGCGGAGAGCCUGGCCCGUGCCCUGUGCACGCUGCUCACCCAGGAGUGCCACCGGCCCCUCAUCGACAGCAUCAGGAUUUUCAUCCCCAAGAAGCACCGGCAGCGCUUUGACGAGGUGGUGUCGCAGAGCCUGAUCAGCAAGCUGUGCCGCUCCAAGAGCGAGCACGGCAGCCGCCUGCGCCGCAGCCGCAGCGAGGACCACCCCGAGCGGCUGCUGGUGUCCACCCGCGCCAGCUCCGUGCCCCGCAGCCACGAGGAGCUCGGCAAGAGCCUCUGCAAAACCACCUCGCUCCCCGGCGGCAGCGCGGCCGCGGGGGCUGCCCGCAGAACCGUGCGAGUUUAUAAAGGCAACAGGAGCUUUGGCUUCACGCUCCGUGGCCAUGCCCCGGUGUGGAUCGAGUCUGUGCUGCCGGGGAGCCCGGCGGAGAAGGCUGCCCUCAAAGCUGGAGACAGGAUCCUGUUCCUCAACGGGCUGGACAUGAGGAACUGCUCCCACGACAAGGUGGUGUCGAUGCUGCAGGGCAGCGGGGCCAUGCCCACCUUGGUGGUGGAAGAGGGCAUCGUCAGCUUCUCCAACGACUCUGACUCUGCUGAGUCCCCGAGCAGCUCCUCGGCCCUCACCUCCCUGCAGUGGGUUGCAGAGAUUCUCCCCUCUAGCGUCAGGAUCCAAGGAAGGACGUUCCCGCAGCAGCUGGAGCACCUGCUGACCCCGCCCGAGCGUUUCGCCGUCUGCAAGGCGCUGGAGGGCUUCUUCCAACACCGGAACAUUGACACCCUCAUUGUGGAUGUGUACCCGGUGCUGGACACACCAGCCAAGCAAGUCCUCUGGCAGUUUAUCUACCAGCUGCUGAGCUACGAGGAGCAGGAGCACUGCCAGCAAAAGCUUGACAGGUUUCUGGGGUGCAAGGCCCUGGCAGCCGAGGCGGAGGCUGAGGACCGGUACCGCAGCUCCGUCCGAGGGGCCUCCCUGUGCCGGGGCAGCCUGCGGACCCCCCGCCCUGAGGAGGGGGCAGCAGGCAGUGACACCGUGGAGGUCCCCGUUCGCCUGAUCCCUGGAGAGAGACAGGCUGGUGAUGGCACGUCCCUCCCGGAGACACCCAACCCCAAAAUGAUGUCGGCCGUGUACGCGGAGCUGGAGAACCGCCUGAUCGGCGGCUUUGCUGGCAAGGUGGGCAGCACCGCCCUGCACAGGACAUCGCCCCCCGGCCCCGAGCUGCCACACGCUGCAGGUACCUCGGGGGGUCUCAGGAUGGUGGGUGGAGGACGAGGUGCCACCUUCAGCCUCUGCUCGGUGCCCACGCAGAUGAGUUUCCAGGAUGACCAGGGCAGCUACGUCACCAACGAUGUCAGCAGCAGCGAGUACAUCAGCAGCAGCGACGAGGGCAGCUCCCUGACCUACUCCACGCUCUCGGACCACAUCCCCCCUCCUCCGCUCAGCCCCCCGCCGCCGCCGCCCCCGCUGCAGUUCCACGACCCCCAGAGCGGCCCCGCCAAGGCCGAGGCCGCCAAGGCCAGCGCGGCGCCCGUCACCAAGUCCCUGGCCGGCCACCUGCACCCCAUCCCGCCGCCGCCGCCGCCGCCGCCGCCGCCGCCCGUGCCCUGCGCGCCCCCCCUGCACCGGGGGCUGCUGCACCGCCGCAGCGAGUCCAACCACAUGAGCGUCAAGAGGCUGCGCUGGGAGCAGGUGGAGAACUCGGAGGGGACCAUCUGGGGACAGCUCGGGGAAGACUCGGAUUACGACAAGCUGAGCGAUAUGGUCAAAUACCUCGACCUGGAGCUGCACUUUGGGACUCAGAAGCCCACGAUUUCUCUUCCAGAGCCAACUCUCAUGCCUGAAAACUUUAAAAAGAAAGACGUGGUUGAAAUUUUGUCCCACAAAAAGGCCUACAACACAUCCAUCCUGAUCGCCCACCUGAAGCUGUCGCACGUGGAGCUGCGGCAGAUCCUGAUGACGAUGGAGACGGAUCGCCUGGAGCCGUCCCACAUCAAGCAGCUGCUGCUCUACGCCCCGGACGGGGAGGAGGUGCAGCGCUUCCAGAGCUUCAAGGAGAACCCCGGCAAGCUGAGCGAGCCCGACCAGUUCGUGCUGCAGAUGCUCUCGGUGCCCGAGUACAAGAUCCGCCUGCGCAGCCUGCACUUCAAGAGCACCCUGCAGGAGAAGACCGAGGAGAUCAAAGCCAGCUAUGAGUGCAUCUGCAAGGCCUCCCUGGAGCUGAAAGGCAGCAAGAAGCUGGCAAAGAUCCUGGAGUUCGUGCUGGCCAUGGGAAACUACCUGAACAACGGGCAGCCCAAGACCAGCAAAACAACGGGCUUUAAAAUCAACUUCCUGACCGAGCUGAACACGACCAAGACUGUCGAUGGGAAAUCCACCUUCCUGCACAUUCUUGCCAAAUCCCUCAGCCAACACUUCCCAGAGCUCCUGGGCUUUGCCAAGGACCUCCCGACGGUGCCGCUCGCUGCCAAAGUGAACCAGAGGACGCUGACAGCCGAGCUGAAGGACCUGCACAGCACGGUGGGGGACAUCCAGAAGGCGUGCCACAGCAUGCCAGCCUCCGCCGAGGACAGGUUCGCCGUGGUCAUGAGCUCCUUCCUGGAGAGUGCCCAGCCUGCCAUGCGCUCCCUGGACGACCUGCAGCACAGGGCCAUGGAGGAGUUCAGCAAGGUGCUGUCCUUCUUCGGGGAAGACUCAAAAAUGACAACUUCUGAAGCCUUCUUUGGCAUUUUUGCAGAGUUCAUGAGCAAGUUUGAGCGGGCUCUCGGUGACGUGCAGGUGGGCGAGAGCCAGCGCAGCCCCAGGAUGAGCUCCCCCCUCGCCUGGUGACGGCCUGCAGCCCCCCGGGGUGCAGCAAUCCAUUGCCAACGAAGUGCAAUUUGCUCCUGUCCAGUCGGGUUGUAAAUACGCCGCUGCCGCCUGCUACCACCCGGCGGAGUCACGGAGGAGGGGUCGGGCAGGUGGGCACCGAGAAGGCACCGCAGGUGACAGAGGGUGACAGAGGGUGACAGAGGGUGACACGAAGAUAAACCCUGCACCGGUCCUGCCAGAGCUUCCUUAGCACCCUCCACUUCCAGGGGUUUCGCGUCCAUCCGGUAAAAUCCCACUGGCACACAUUUCCCAAAGACUGCAACGGGCCCCAGCAGCUGCUGGAGACCCUCCCCACAGCCCCACGCCCCCUCCAGAGCAGCUCCUCCUGCAGCCUCCGCUCAAGGCACAACCACCGGUGCAUUACUGACGGGACACCUCACCACCCUCAAGUCUCCGGGUUUUGGGAUUUUUUUAAACCCUGCUGUAGAAAGUGAAGUAUAUUUUCACAAGUGUUCUCCGUUUAUACAGCUUUAAGUGCCAGGUAGUGGGUAGCCUUGUGUUCCCAGAGGUCCAGGACAGGGCCACGCUCCUCUGCUCCUCUUUUCCUUUUGGAUGUUGCACACUGCAUUCCGUUGAUUUUUUUUUUCCUUUUUUUUAAAGCAUAUCCAAUAUUUAAACCACCAGAGGUUCUUUUGAAACUGUCCUGACAGAAGAUGCUGUACAUAGAUUUUGCUACGUGUUGUAACUUUCUGAAAUAGUUAGAACUCCAAUCCCUUUGGUAUUUUUUAUGUGAAUAUUUUCCAAGAGCCAGAACUUCUGGUGAUAUGAUUUGAUAACGGGACGAUGUAUAUUCACAGUUCAGUCUCUACCCGAUGCCUAUGUGCUAUUCCUAAAAUAAAGCUACUGCCUCCUGCCUCCCGA